UACAUAAGUCCAAAAGAGGAACACAAAAAUCUGGCUUAAUCACUAUUUUGUGGUAUUUUGUGGUUCAUUCUGUAUGCAAUAUCUAUUUCUAUAUGGCUCUUGAGUCUUGAAUCAAGACUCAUAUCAUCUAAGUUCAAAAAGAGGACCACAAAAUUCUUAAAAACUCUUUACAAGAAAAUCUUGACGAGCUUGAAGAAUCCAAACAUGGAAUCGACGAUCAUGAUACUUCUGCUAAGCUUAAUAAUCUUUAUUACCAUCCUCUUUUUCAAAAAACAGAAAAGAGGGAAGAAAAGCAACACACCAUCGUCACCACCGAGAUUUCCGUUGAUCGGAAACCUUCAUCAACUUGGUCGCCACCCUCACCGAUCACUAUUCUCUCUGAGCCACCGUUACGGUCCUCUCAUGCUCCUCCACUUUGGACGUGUACCUGUUCUUGUAGUCUCUUCCGCAGACAUGGCUCGAGGUAUUUUGAAGACGCAUGACCGCGUUUUUGCUAGUCGUCCACGGUCAAAAAUCUUUGGGAAGCUUUUUUAUAACGCCCGUGAUGUGGCCUUAGCUCCUUAUGGAGAGUAUUGGAGGCAAAUGAAGAGCGUGUGCGUCCUCCAACUCCUCAGCAACAAAAUGGUCAGGUCCUUCCGAAACGUGAGACAAGAAGAGAUCAGUCUGAUGAUGGAGAAGAUCCAGAAAUCAAGUUCUUUGCGUGUGAAUCUAAGCGAACUCUUGGUGAGUUUAACUAACGAUGUGAUAUCUAGAGUUGCUUUGGGACGGAAAUACAGCGUUGGUAUGGAUUUUAAGGAGUUAAUGAAAAGUCUCACGAGGCUACUGGGCGAGUUUAGUGUGGGGACUUAUAUACCGUGGCUUGCAUGGAUUGACUGGAUCAGUGGUUUGGAUGGACAGCUAAAAAAGACAGGCAAUGAUCUUGAUGAAUUCUUGGAGAAAGUUGUCCAAGAUCAUGUAGAUGGCGACGGACAAAGGACUGAUUUUGUGGAUGUGUUGCUCGCAAUUCAGAGAGAGAAGAGCGUCGGGUUUGAAAUCGACCGGUUAAGCAUAAAGGCUAUCGUCUUGGAUGUUGUUGUUGGUGGUACGGAUACAUCGUAUGCACUUAUGGAGUGGGCAAUGACAGAGCUUCUUCAUCGCCCAGAGUGUCUGAACAGACUCCAGGAAGAAGUCCGUACGAUUUGUAAGGGUAAUUCGAGUGUAUCAGAAGAUGACAUCAAAGACAUGAACUACUUAAAAGCUGUGAUCAAAGAGACACUCAGGCUAUAUCCUCCACUUCCAUUGAUGGUUCCUCACGAAUCGACACAAGAUGUCAGAUUAGGAGAUUACCACAUACCUGUCGGUACACAGGUAAUGAUCAAUGCUUGGGCGAUCGGGAGAGAGGUUGCAACGUGGGGACCAGACGCGGAGGAGUUUAGACCGGAGAGGCAUUUAGAGUCGUCUUCUGAUUUCCGGGGUCAGGAUUUUGAGUUGAUUCCGUUCGGAGCAGGGAGAAGGAUGUGUCCAGGAAUAUCAUUUGCUGUGGUAUUGAAUGAGGUGGUUUUGGCUAACUUAGUGCAUGGGUUUGAUUGGAGAUUACCAGUUGAUCAUACAGAAGAUCAAACCAAUGUCGCUGAAUCAACAGGUAUGGCGAUUCACCGCUUGUUCCCUCUUUACGCCAUUGCAUCAUCUACUACUUGAUGGAGGCAGUAUAUAUAAAUGGUUUAUUAUGUUUACGUGUACACAAACAAGUUUACUCAUUUGAAAGUUUUACUCACAAAGAGAUCUUUAAGAUUUGAGUU